AUCCAGUGGCUCGUUCUCUCCGCAUUAUCGAUUUUGGACUCGGUGCAGCUUGAUUUUAUUUCCCUUCAUUGUGCCUUCCGACUGAGGCCGCAAUCCCUUCUUCACCAUGGUCCAGAUCAGCGAAGUCAAGGGCAAUUCGCGCGAGAAUAGGACAGCUGCCCACACACAUAUUAAGGGCCUUGGGCUACGUCCAGAUGGUACUGCGGAACCAUCCAGUGAUGGAUUUGUUGGACAGGCUACCGCCCGUGAGGCAUGCGGUGUCGUGGUGGAUCUGAUCAAGGCGAAGAAAAUGGCGGGACGAGCUGUUCUUCUUGCUGGUGGCCCGGGAACAGGAAAGACUGCUCUUGCACUCGCCGUAUCGCAGGAACUUGGAACUAAGGUCCCAUUCUGCCCAAUUGUUGGCAGUGAGAUUUACUCGGCAGAAGUUAAGAAAACGGAAGCCCUUAUGGAAAACUUCCGGAGAGCAAUUGGUCUUCGCGUGCGAGAAACAAAAGAGGUAUACGAAGGCGAAGUCACAGAGCUGACGCCCGAGGAGACUGAGAACCCACUAGGCGGCUAUGGCCGUACGAUCAGCCAUUUGAUUAUUGGAUUGAAGUCAGCUAGGGGUACCAAGAAGCUUCGCCUAGAUCCCAGUAUUUACGAAGCUAUCCAAAAGGAGCGAGUCACCGUGGGAGAUGUUAUUUACAUUGAAGCCAACACUGGAGCCUGUAAGCGAGUAGGCCGAUCUGACGCCUAUGCGACCGAAUUCGAUCUCGAAGCCGAAGAAUACGUUCCAGUCCCGAAGGGUGAGGUCCAUAAGAAGAAGGAAAUUGUGCAGGAUGUGACACUACACGACCUGGAUAUUGCCAACGCCCGGCCACAAGGUGGACAGGAUGUAAUGAGCAUGAUGGGACAACUCAUGAAGCCAAAGAAAACCGAAAUCACGGAUAAGUUGCGCCAGGAGAUCAACAAAGUAGUCAACCGUUACAUUGACCAAGGUGUCGCUGAGCUUGUUCCCGGUGUUCUUUUCAUCGAUGAGGUUCACAUGCUGGAUAUCGAAUGCUUCACAUAUCUGAACCGCGCCCUGGAGUCUACAAUAUCUCCGAUUGUCAUUCUCGCUUCUAAUCGAGGCCAUACUGUCAUCCGUGGCACUGACGAUAUCACUGCCGCCCACGGUAUUCCUUCGGACCUCCUCGCGCGUCUCCUCAUCAUCCCCACCCAUCCCUACUCCCCCGACGAGAUCAAGACUAUCAUCCGUCUGCGCGCUAAGACAGAAGGCCUCAGUAUUACCGACCCCGCUCUGGACAAGGUCGCAGAACACGGCAGCAAGGUCAGUCUACGGUAUGCACUGCAGUUGCUGACACCUGCUAGCAUCCUUGCGCGGGUGAACGGGAGACCCGGAGGAAUCGAAGAAGCCGAUGUGGCCGAGUGCGAGGACCUCUUUCUUGAUGCAAAGAGAAGCGCGCAGAUCGUCAGCAAGGACAGCGAAAAGUUUCUAUAGGUGGAUGUUUGUAAUAUGACUUUCUUUGCAAAUGGGAGUAUGGCGACCGGUUUGGGGCUAGUAGACUUCGUGUAGAAGUCAAGAGAGGAUUUCCCAUAUAUUUGGGCCAAGAUAAAGAUUCGAAAAAAGAUUACUAUGUAUACCAUCAUGUCUUAUGUGACGGUUGAGUUUUUUGUGUACUGGAAAGUAUAACCCGUUUUACGUUAAUGUCAACUAAGUUCUUAAGCUCAAUUCCUAUUCCUUUGGGGUGAUCUUUGCUAUGGGCAGUAGAAUUUAUUAUUUUUUUUUUAAAAAAAAACAAUUAGACCAAAAA